GCGGUGAAUGGUUCGUGCCGGCCUAUAUUAACCCGAGAUCUUCCUCCCGGACGGCAAUGAUGUGAGGCUAGCGAGUCGGCUACCGCGCGCACGACCACAGAGGGCGCGCUGCAGAUCGCCGAGAACCCCGAAACGGAGCGGGACACCCCCGGGAGAGAAGCAAUGAGGUAGCGGCAGUCCCCGGAGCGGACGAUGUGCGCGUCCUGCCCUCGGAACCCCGCGCUACACUGGCCGAGCCAGCCGAGCGCGAGUCCCCGGCGUCCCCUCGGAGCGAGGAUGCAGUGAGCUGCGGGACCGCUGUGUUUGGCCCGCCGCGGCCAGCCAGACUUCUCGGACUGCACUUGGGGCAAGCUGCUCAUUCCCGGACCAGCUCAGCCGAGGGGCUCGCCCUCUCCCGCACCCACUGGGGGUGGGGAGCACCGGCCCUUGGGCGCACUGCUGUAGUUUCCGCGGCUUCUGGCCCUGGCCCAAGACUUGUGUGUGUGUCACGUUCGCUGAAGAAGAGUUCCAGCUUACUCUCUCACCAUCCCGGUUGCUUUGGCCGAGCCGCCCCCCUCUAUUUAUUUGCACGCACUCAUUUGUCCUUUUUCUAAAAUAUUUUCCGCUCCGCUCUCUUAUUUUGUUGCUUGUCUGAGACUUUUGUCCUAGUCCUCUUCAUCUAGGCUUCUGUAAUAUAUUCUCUCUCUCUCUCUCUCUCUCUCUCUCUCUCUCUCUCUCUCUGUCUCUCUCUCUCUCUCUCUCUCUGUGUGUGUGUGUGUACGCCUCUCUUUUGCACACUCGAGGCUGAAUUUAUUUUUUUUUCUUUCUAAGAUUCUACCCCAGCCCCUGCGGGGUUCCCAAGCACUAUCAGGCCUCUUCUGCUUCCAUCUCCCUGUCCCAGAGGUCCUCCCAGCUCUAGUUUUAUUUUUCGAGCUUGCCCGGGCCGAGCGUAGCCUGGGUUGGUGGCCCUGCGGGGCUCGCACCCCGCGCUCGGCCACCGCCGCCCAGCCACUCCCGGGCGUCCUCCGGAGAUGCUGCCGUGGAAGAAGCACAAGUUCGAGCUGCUGGCCGAGGCGCCGCCGCGGCAGGCGUCCAAGCCUAAGGGCUACGCUGUGAGCCUGCACUACUCCGCGCUCAGCUCCUUGGCGAGAGCCUGCCCGGAAGGCGCGCUCAGCCGGGUGGGCAGCAUGUUCCGCUCCAAGCGCAAGAAGCUGCACAUCACCAGCGAGGACCCCACUUACACUGUGCUCUAUCUGGGGAAUGCCACCACCAUCCAGGCGCGAGGGGACGGUUGCACUGACCUAGCGGUGGGCAAGAUCUGGAGUAAGAGUGAGGCUGGCCGUCAAGGGACUAAGAUGAAGCUGACCGUGAGUGCGCAAGGCAUCCGCAUGGUGCAUGCCGAGGAGAGAGCGCUGCGACGUCCCGGCCACCUCUACCUGCUGCACCGUGUCACCUACUGUGUGGCAGACGCUCGGCUGCCCAAAGUCUUCGCUUGGGUGUACCGGCAUGAGCUAAAGCACAAGGCGGUAAUGCUACGCUGCCACGCGGUGCUGGUGUCCAAGCCAGAGAAGGCUCAGGCCAUGGCCCUGCUGCUCUACCAGACGUCAGCUAACGCUCUGGCAGAGUUUAAACGUCUCAAGCGGCGGGAUGAUGCGCGUCACCAGCAGCAGGAGUUGGUGGGCGCACACACCAUCCCACUAGUGCCGCUGCGCAAGCUGCUCUUGCACGGACCUUGCUGCUACAAGCCGCCAGUGGAGCGCAGCCGCAGCGCUCCCAAGCUGGGCUCCAUCACUGAGGACCUGCUUGGGGAACAGCAGGAGGAGGAGCUGCAGGAGGAAGAAGAGGAGCACCUCGAGGACUGCCUGGAGGAGGUGGAAGAAGAGGACCAUGUGGGGGAUGGGGAUCCAGCAGAGGAAGAGACCGAGGCGCAGAGGGCGCUGCUGGUGGCCAUGCAGUUGGAAUGUGAGGACUUGCUGGACCCGCUGGAAAAUGGCCACGAGGAGGCGUUGGGGGACGACGGGGUCUCGCUGGGCCCCAGCUCGGGGACGUCACUUCCUCUGUCAGGCUGUGCCUCAGACAUGAAGGCCCAACUGUCACAGCUUAUUUGUGACCUGGGCGACCUUAGCUUUGGCAAUGACGUGAGCACCCUGGAGUCCGAUUUAAGGGUGACACGCCUGCUGUCGGGCGAGAGCACUGGCAGUGAGAGCUCCAUCGAGGGUGGAGGCCUGGACGCCACCUCUGCCAGCCCUGGCAACGCAUCCAGCCCUGCUGACAGCACCAGCCUAGUUGAGUCCCACUCGGUCUAAGCUACCAGAAGACUUCUCCGUGCCCCACCCCCGCCCCCACAUACACACAGUGGCUCCCCAACAGUAGUUCUAUUCCCCCUAACCUCCAGGAAAGGGAGAAUGACGCACUGGAGGCCCAGACCUGAGUUUGGAGUUUUCUGAGGAAGCUAUUCUCUCUUCCCUUUAGUUGCCCCAGGGCUUUUGGCUAUGAGGUGGCUCAGGUUGGGGGGGGGGGGUGGGGAAGAUGGGGGCAGAGGGAAGAAGCACUACAAAGCAAAGAGAUAGGCUCUCUGGUUGGUGAGGGUGUGGGUGAGGGAAAGCUGGCUGAGAUUGGAAAAGGCCAAGGGCGGGCUGGAGGUGCCCAGCAGCCGGUUUCCUGUUUGUGAGGCAGCUGGGACUUGGGAAGGGGGGGUUAACUUCCUCUCCAGACCCCCUGACUGGAAGGCCUCUCUCUGUCAUCAAUAUCUCAUUAACAAAGUCACUUUCAUAACGUUGGAGGCUUUAAUUACCUGUCCCCGGUUCUUUUGGAUAUGAGAGCUUGGGCUGUUUACCUCAGACUCAAACUCUUGAAAGUAUGCCAAAUUUCUCAAAUGACUCUCCUAUGGGGGGUGUGGGGGGGGGACAGGGUAUGACAGUUGUGUUUUGUUUACAGUUAAAGAAAUCUAAUAUCUAAGAAACAAAAAGAGGAAUUUUGCUUUAGAAAUACACACCUUCCUUCCCCCCAAAGCUCCUACUCCGCGAUGCUAUGUAAAAUAUUUUUUGCACUGUUGUGAAGUAUUUUUGACUUUUUUUUUUUUGUACAUAACUGUGUUCAUGGAGCUGAAUGUUUAUAUCUCUUUUGCUGUGCAAAAGAUACCUGUAAAACGUUGUUCGGUUGUAUAUAUGGAAAUGUGUAUAAAACAUUUUGUUAUUUUUU